AUGAUGAUGGAGAAUCUCUGGGCUAUAUUUUGUGGGCAAUCUACUUGUGCAAGAAGCAGUUUUAAGCACUGUAAUGCUCGGUUCGUGCUUAUUACUCGUCCUUCUUCAUGUAUCAACCAUGCUUCCAUUCUUUGUUUCGAUACACUGCUUCUAGUUAUGCUCUUAUAUAACUUCAUUUGCAAACAUUUUUCAAAGAAACUUGAGCAACGAGCUCGUAGUACACAGUUCUCAAUCUUGCAAAUACUGUCAGCUGUUUUUAAUGGCAGUCUAGGACUUGUUUACUUAGGCUUUGGUAUAUGGAAGUUGGAUAAAAAGUUGACAAGUGAUCAUUUUAUUUCACCUAAUCAUUGGUGGAUUCUGUUUUUCUUUCAUGGAGUUACAUGGUUGUUAGUGGGACUAACAAUAAGCCUCAAAGGAGAGCUUUUCACGAAACUCCGAUUACGAGUUUUGUCUAUCUUAGCUUUCCUCUUUACAGGGAUUUUCUGCUUUCUAGCAGUUUUUACCACCAGAGUACACCAUAAGGUGACAGACAAGGUGGUUUUAGACAUUUUAUCUUUUGUAGGAGCAAGUUUGCUCUUGUUGUGUGCUUACAAAGGGCACACCCCAAACAUGGUGGAAAUUGACAGCAGUAAAAUUAACUCAACUGCUCAAGCUACCCCGUUUGCUAAAUCCGGGUUGUUCAGCAAGAUGUCAUUCUGUUGGUUAAAUCCAUUGAUGAAAUUAGGCAAGAAGAAGAUUUUAGAAGAAGAUGACAUACCCAAAUUAAGAGACAUAGAUAUGGCAGAAUCUUGUUAUUCGCGGUUUAUGGACCAGUUGAUUAAACAUAAGCAAGCUAAAUCGUCACCAGAAUCCUCCAUAUUGUGGACUAUUGUUGCAUGUUACAGGGAAGAGAUUAUGAAAUCAGGGUUUUUCGCGUUACUGAAGAUACUUUCAAUUUCAGCUGGACCCCUUUUGCUGAAUUCCAUCAUUUUGGUUGCUGAGGGUAAAGAAGAUUUUAGAUAUCAAGGUUAUCUUUUGGCAGUUUUGCUCUUCUUUUUGAAGAUGAUGGAGUCUUUGUCACAAAGGCAAUGGUACUUCAAGACUAGACUGAUUGGCCUAAAUGUAAAGUCCAUUCUUACAGCAGCAAUUUACAGGAAGCAACUACGAUUAUCAAAUGGUUCGCGGAAGAUUCACUCGGGUGGUACGAUAAUGAAUUAUGUAACUGUUGAUGCAUAUAGGAUCGGGGAAUUCCCUUUUUGGUUUCAUCAAACUUGGACUGCAGUCCUCCAACUUUGCUUCGCAUUAGUUAUUAUGAUCCAUUCAGUUGGACUUGCAACGAUUGCAUCAUUAGUCGUGAUUAUAUUAACCGUGAUUUGCAAUACCCCGCUUGCCAAAUUACAGCAUAAGUUUCAGAGCACACUAAUAGCUGCUCAAGAUGAUAGGUUGAAGGCUUGCUCCGAGGCUCUUGUGAAUAUGAAGGUGCUAAAGUUAUAUGCCUGGGAGGUACACUUUAAGAACAUCAUUGAAGCAUUGAGGAAAGUGGAAUACAAAUGUAUAUCAGCAGUGCAGUUGCAGAAAGCAUACCAUAGUUACCUCUUUUGGGGCUCUCCUUUAAUGGUGAAUUGCGCUACAUUUGGUGCAUGUUAUUUGCUCAAAAUUCCUUUACAUGCUAGUAAUGUUUUCACCUUUCUUGCAACUUUGCAACUGGUGCAAGAGCCUAUCAGACUUAUUCCUAAUCUCAUAAGUGUAGUGAUUCAUGCAAGACUUUCAUUCGCACGAAUUGUGAAGUUUCUAGAAUCCCCAGAGCUUCACAUUGAAAAUGUCAGGAAGAAGUGUAAUUUGACCAGCACAAACCCGCACGUCAUCUUAAUGAAGUCAGCAAAUUUGUCGUGGGAGACAAAUCCAUCAAAGCCGACAUUGAGAAACAUAAAUUUGAAUGUUCUUCCAGGUGAAAAGGUAGCGAUAUGUGGAGAAGUUGGCUCAGGAAAAUCAACCUUGCUAGCAGGAAUUCUUGGAGAAGUACCAUAUAUUGAUGGAACUGUGGAAGUUCAUGGGAGGAUUGCUUAUGUUCCCCAGACAGCUUGGAUCCAAUCAGGGACAAUACGUGAGAAUAUUCUUUUUGGAUCUGCCAUGGAGGACCUGCGAUACCAAGAAACAAUUUGUAGGUGUUCAUUAGUAAAGGACCUUGAACAUCUACCUUGUGGUGACGAGACUGAAAUAGGGGAGAGAGGAAUCAAUCUAAGCGGUGGUCAGAAACAACGAAUUCAACUUGCUCGUGCAUUAUACCAAGAUGCUGAUGUAUAUAUUUUGGAUGAUCCAUUUAGUGCUGUUGAUGCACACACCGCAACUAGCCUCUUGAAUGAUUACGUCAUGGAAGCUCUUUCUGGAAAGACCGUAUUGCUUGUAACACACCAAGUUGAUUUUCUUCCCGCGUUCCAUUGUUGUAUACUAAUGACAGAUGGGGAAGUUCUUCAUGCUGGACCUUAUCAUGAGUUAUUGGCUUCGAGUAAGGAAUUUUCGGACCUUGUAAAUGCGCACAAAGAGACUGCGGGAACUGAAUCAAUGGCUGAAGUCAGUACAUCAGAAAGACAUAAAUCCUCUCCAAAAGAGAUUAAGAGACUCAACAUGAAGAACCAAUAUGAAGCAAUAAAAGGGGGUCAGUUGAUUAAACAAGAAGAAAGGGGAAUUGGAGACACUGGUUUAAAGUCAUACUUACUAUACCUGAAUCAGAAUAAAGGUUACCUGUAUUUUUCUAUUUUUGCCCUUCUUCAUCUCGCCUUUGUGUCUGGCCAGAUAUUACAGAAUACUUGGAUGGCCUCUGGCAUUAACAACCCACAUCUCAGCAAACAAAAACUGAUUGUGGUUUAUGUCAUAAUUGGAUUCUGCCUGACAACAUUUUUACUGAUGAGAUCUCUUGCAGUGGUAGCAUUAGGGUUAAAAUCAUCAAAAUCUUUAUUUUCUCAGUUGCUAAACUCUCUCUUCCGAGCUCCAGUGUCAUUCUACGACUCAACACCUCUUGGAAGGAUUCUAACUCGGGUGUGUAAUCAAGUUCUCAUAAGUUCCAUUUCAUCUGAUUUGAGCAUUGUGGAUGUUGAUAUCCCCUUCAGCAUCCAGAUAACCUUUGGAUCUACUAUUAUUGCAUAUGCUACUCUCGGAGUAAUGAUUGUCGUCAUCUGGCAGGUCUUGUUUGUCACAGUACCUGUCAUCUACAUUGCAAUACAAUUGCAAACAUUUCAACACUUUAUUUUGCACCAGAAGAAUGGAACUAACCAUGAAAUAGCUGAAUCAUACUUCGGCACAUGGCUUAUCUUUACGCGUUACUACUUUGCAACUGCAAAAGAGUUGAUGAGACUCGAGGGUAUAACCAAGUCCAUGGUCGCAAACCAUUUAGCUGAAUCUGUAGCCGGUGCCAUGACAAUUAGAGCUUUUGAGGAGGAAGAUCGUUUUUCUGCUCAAAAUCUUGAUCUUAUUGAUACAAAUGCAAGCCCAUUCUUCCACAGUUUUGCAGCUAGUGAAUGGCUAAUACAACGGAUCGAGACCCUCAGUGCCAUAGUUCUUGCAGCUGCAGCACUGUGUAUGGUUUUGCUUCCUCACGGUACUUUUAGCUCAGGCUUCAUCGGACUGACACUAUCAUAUGGUCUCACAUUAAACAUGGUUAUGGUGGUCUCACUUCAAAAUCAAUGCAUUUUAGCCAACCAUAUUAUUUCCGUGGAGAGGCUUAAUCAAUACAUGGAUAUACCAACUGAAGCUCCAGAAGUCAUCGACAAUAUACGCCCCCCACAAAACUGGCCAUUGGUUGGUAAAGUGGAGAUAUGCAAUUUGCAGGUAAGAUAUAGACCAGACACACCAUUAGUUCUUCAAGGAAUCACUUGUACAUAUGAAGGGGGAGAUAAAAUUGGUAUUGUUGGUAGGACUGGCAGUGGGAAGACUACCCUGAUAGGGGCAUUGUUUCGCUUAGUCGAACCAGUAGGAGGGAAGAUAGUAGUUGAUGGCAUCGAUAUAUCUUCAAUCGGACUUCAUGAUCUAAGGUCUCGUUUUGGGAUUAUUCCUCAAGAUCCUAUUCUCUUCAAUGGCACGGUACGAUUCAACUUGGAUCCGUUAAGCCAGCAUAAUGAUGAAGGAAUCUGGGAGGUGCUUGGCAAAUGUCAGCUAAAAGAAGCUAUCAAAAAGAAAAGCCACGGGUUAGAUUCCUGGGUUCUUGAAGAUGGAUCCAAUUGGAGCAUGGGACAGCGACAACUGUUCUGUCUAGGACGUGCUUUGCUGAGAAAAAAUAAGGUAUUGGUCCUUGAUGAAGCGACUGCAUCCAUCGAUAAUGCAACUGACAUGAUUCUGCAGAAAACAAUAAGAACAGAAUUUGCUGAUUCCACUGUGAUCACUGUAGCCCACAGGAUACCGACAGUAAUGGAUUGCACAAAGAUCCUUGCCAUUAGUGAAGGAAAACUGAUGGAAUAUGAUGAGCCAAUGAAGCUAAUGCAGAAAGAAGGUUCACUAUUUGGCCAACUUGUCAAGGAAUAUUGGUCUCAUAUCCAUGCUGCUGUUAAAGAGGGCAUACCCCCAAACAUGAAGGAAAAUGACAGCAGUAAUAUUGAUGCAACUGCCCAAGUUACUCCGUUUGCCAAAUCCGGGUUGUUCAGUAAGUUGUCAUUCUGUUGGUUGAAUCCUUUGAUGAAAUUAGGCAAAAAGAAGAUUUUAGAGAAAGAUGACAUACCCAAAUUACGAGACAUAGAUAUGGCAGAAUCUUGUUAUUUGCAGUUUAUGGACCAGUUGAAUAAAAAUAAGCAAGUUAAAUCAUCAUCAGAAUCCUCCCUAUUGUGUACCAUUGUUGCCUGUUACCGGAAGGAGAUUCUGAAAUCAGGGGUUUUCGCGUUACUGAAGAUACUAUCAGUGUCAGCUGGACCUAUUUUGUUGAAUUCCUUCAUAUUGGUUGCUGAGGGUAAAGAAGCUUUCAGAUAUGAAGGUUACUUUUUAGCAUUCUCGCUCUUCUUUUUGAAGAUCCUAGAAUCUUUGUCACAAAGGCAAUGGUAUUUCCGGACCAGAGUGAUUGGCCUAAAUGUAAAGUCUGCUCUUACAGCAGCAAUUUACAAGAAGCAACUACGAUUAUCAAAUGGUUCGAGGAAGAUUUACUCGGGUGGUACAAUAAUGAAUUAUGUAACUGUUGAUGCAUAUAGGAUCGGGGAAUUCCCUUUUUGGUUUCAUCAAACUUGGACUGUAAUUCUCCAAGUUUGCUUCGCAUUAGUUAUUAUGAUCCAUUCAGUUGGACUUGCAACGAUUGCAUCAUUAGUCGUGAUUAUAUUAACUGUGAUUUGCAAUACCCCACUUGCCAAAUUACAGCAGAAGUUUCAAAGCAAAUUAAUGGUUGCUCAAGAUGAUAGGUUGAAGGCUUGCUCCGAGGCUCUUGUGAAUAUGAAGGUGCUAAAGUUAUAUGCCUGGGAGGCUCACUUUAAGAAUGUCAUUGAAGCAUUAAGGAAAGUGGAAUAUAAAUGUUUAUCAGCAGUGCAGUUGCAGAAAGCAUACAAUUCUUUUCUCUUUUGGACAUCUCCUAUAAUGGUGACUUGUGCUACAUUUGGUGCAUGUUAUCUUCUCAAAAUUCCUUUACAUGCUAGUAAUGUUUUCACCUUUCUUGCCACUUUGAAACUGGUGCAAGAGCCUAUCAGACUUAUUCCUAAUCUCAUAAGUGUAGUGAUUCAUGCAAGACUCUCAUUUGCACAAAUUGUGAAGUUUCUAGAAGCACCAGAGCUUCAGAUUGAAAAUGUCAGGAAGAAGAGUAAUUUAACCAGCACAAACCUGCACGCCGUUUUAAUGAAGUCAGCAAAUCUUUCGUGGGAGAUGAAUCCAUCAAAGCCGACAUUGAGAAACAUAAAUUUCAAUGUUCGUCCAGGUGAAAAGGUAGCUAUAUGUGGAGAAGUUGGUUCAGGAAAAUCAACCUUGCUAGCAGGAAUUCUUGGAGAAGUACCAUAUAUUGAUGGAACAGUGGAAGUUUAUGGGAGGAUUGCUUAUGUUUCUCAGACAGCUUGGAUCCAAUCAGGGACAAUAUGCGAGAAUAUUCUUUUUGGAUCUACCAUGGAUGACCUGCGAUACCAAGAAACUCUUCGUAGGUGUUCAUUAGUAAAGGACCUUGAACUUCUACCUUACGGUGACAUGACUGAAAUAGGGGAAAGAGGAAUCAAUCUAAGUGGUGGUCAGAAACAACGAAUUCAACUUGCUCGUGCAUUAUACCAAGAUGCUGACGUAUAUAUUUUGGAUGAUCCAUUCAGUGCUGUUGAUGCACACACCGCAACUAGCCUCUUAAAUGAUUAUGUCAUGGAAGCUCUUUCUGGAAAGACUGUGUUGCUUGUAACACACCAAGUUGAUUUUCUUCCCGCAUUCCAUUGUUGUAUGCUAAUGACAGAUGGGGAAGUUCUUCAUGCAGGACCUUAUCAUGAGUUAUUGGCUUCGAGUCAGGAAUUUUCGGACCUUGUAAAUGCACACAAAGAGACUGCUGGAACUGAAUCAUCAGCUAAAGUCACCACAUCCGGAAGACAUAUAUCCCCUGCAAAUGAGAUUAAGAGACCAAACAUGAAGAACCAAUGCGAAGCAAUAAAAGGGGGUCAGUUGAUUAAAGCAGAAGAAAGGGAAAUCGGAGAUACUGGUUUAAAGCCAUACUUACUAUACCUGAAUCAGAAUAAAGGCUGUCUGUAUUUUUCUAUUUUUGCCCUUCUCCAUCUCGCCUUUGUUUCCGGCCAGAUAUUACAGAAUACUUGGAUGGCCUAUGGCGUUAACAACCCACAUCUCAGCAAACAAAAAUUGAUCGUGGUUUAUGUCAUUAUUGGAUUCUGCAUGACAGUACUUUUACUAAUCAGAUCUCUUGCAGUGGUUGCAUUAGGGUUGGAAUCAUCAAAAUCUUUAUUUUCUCAGUUGCUGAACUCUCUCUUUCGAGCUCCCGUGUCAUUCUAUGAUUCUACACCUCUCGGGAGGAUUCUAAGUCGGAUUUCAUCUGAUUUGUGCACUGUGGAUGUUGAUAUCCCCUUCAGCUUCAUGAUCACCUUUGGGGUUACUACUAUUGUGUAUGCUACUUUUGGAGUGCUGGCUGUCAUCAUCUGGCAGGUCUUGUUUGUCACAGUACCUGUGAUCUACGUGGCAACACGAUUGCAACGAAACUACUUUGCAACUGCAAAAGAGUUGAUGAGGCUCAACGGUAUAACCAAGUCCAUGGUCGCAAACCAUUUAGCUGAAUCUGUAACUGGUGCCAUUACAAUUCGAGCUUUCAAGGAAGAAGAUCGUUUUUUUGCUCAAAAUCUUGAUCUUAUUGAUACAAACGCGAGCCCAUUCUUCCACAAUUUUGCAGCUAGUGAAUGGCUAAUUCAACGGAUUGAGACCCUUAGUGCCAUUGUUCUUGCAGCUGCAGCAUUGUGUAUGGUUUUGCUUCCUCGCGGUACUUUUAGCUCAGGCUUCAUCGGUAUGGCACUAUCAUAUGGUCUCACAUUAAACUUGGGAAUGGUGGUCUCACUUCAAAAUCAAUGCAUUUUGGCCAACCAUAUUAUUUCCGUGGAGAGGAUUAAGCAAUACAUGAAUAUACCAAGCGAAGCUCCAGAAGUCAUCGACGAUAGACGCCCCCCACAAAACUGGCCAUUGGUUGGUAAAGUGGAGAUAUGCAAUUUGCAGGUAAGAUAUAGACCAGACACACCACUGGUUCUUCAAGGAAUCAGUUGCACAUUUGAAGGAGGAGAUAAAGUUGGUAUUGUUGGUAGGACAGGCAGUGGGAAGACUACCCUAAUAGGGGCAUUGUUUCGCUUAGUCGAACCACUAGGAGGGAAGAUAGUAGUUGAUGGCAUCGAUAUAUCUUCAAUCGGACUUCAUGAUCUAAGGUCUCGAUUUGGGAUUAUUCCUCAAGAUCCUACUCUCUUCAAUGGCACAGUACGAUUCAACUUGGAUCCAUUAAGCCAACAUAAUGAUGAAGAAAUCUGGGAGGUGCUUGGCAAAUGUCAGCUAAAAGAAGCUGUCAGAAAGAAAAGCCACGGUCUAGAUUCCUGGGUUGUCGAGGAUGGAUCUAAUUGGAGCAUGGGACAACGACAACUGUUCUGUCUAGGACGUGCUUUGCUGAGGAAAAACAAGGUAUUGGUCCUUGAUGAAGCGACUGCAUCCAUCGAUAAUGCAACCGACAUGAUUCUGCAGAAAACAAUAAGAACAGAAUUUGCUGAUUCUACUGUGAUCACUGUAGCCCACAGGAUACCGACAGUAAUGGACUGCACAAAGAUCCUUGUCAUUAGUGAUGGAAAACUGAUGGAAUAUGAUGAGCCGAUGAAGCUAAUGCAGAAAGAAGGUUCGCUAUUUGGCCAACUUGUCAAGGAAUAUUGGUCUCAUAUCCACGUUGCUAGUUAGUCGUAUAAAAAAUUGGGCACUAGAUAGGCUGAGCAGUUUUCUUUGGGUGAAAAGAGCUAUAUAUUAAAGUGGUACGAGGCCUGAUGAGCAGUUUAGAAGCUAUGCAAUUGCACUGAAUGUACGAGUGACUAAAAU